AUGACAACGAUAGCAACAGCGACAGCGGCAGCGACAGCGACAGCGACAGCAACAGCCACAACAACAACAGCCACAACGACAGCCACAGCGACAGCCACAGUAACGGCGACAGUGACGGCGACAACGACAACAACACGACAACACGAUUAUAACAAGGAAUGCAUCCAACACCAACGUUGUACGGAGUACCCAGCAAAAAUCCAUUAUGGUGAUUUCUUCCCAUGCGUUAAUAAUUUGGAGGAACGAAUCUUACACGAUCAUGGAGACGAGUGGCAAGAGAACAAGUGUAAAAAAUGUGCUUGUCAAAAUGGAACCACAACAUGUGACGUCACAGUGUGUGGAGGUAUACCACAUGAGAGCUGCGUAGAAAAAUACACUUCGGUAGACCAAUGCUGUCCAGAAUAUGAAUGUGAUUCUUUGCCUUGCAUUGACGAACAAGGAUUGUCACAUAAUGAUGGAGAAGCCUGGGAACCAGACAACUGUCAACAUUGUAACUGUGUUAAUGGCAAACUGAGUUGUAACCACACUAUUUGUUCAGCUAAACCGCAUGAGAGCUGUGUUGAAAAGCCCACUUCGGAAGACCAAUGCUGCCCAGUAUACCAAUGUAAUUCUUUGCCAUGCAAAGAUGAUGCAGGAAUCUCACACAAACAUGCAGAAGUGUGGAGCACAUUGUGCACAAUGUGUUAUUGUCUGAAUGGUAUCCAGACGUGUCGCAAGGAAGUUUGUGCAGGUAAACCACACGAGAGCUGCGUCAUAAAACAGUCUUCGGGAAGUCCCAAAUGCUGUCCCGAGUACGAAUGUGAUUCUCUGCCAUGCAUUGACCAACAAGGAUUGUCACAUAACAAUGGAGAAGCCUGGGAACCAGACAACUGUCAACAGUGUAACUGUGUUAAUGGCAAACUGAGUUGUAACCACACUAUUUGUUCAGCUAACCCGCAUGAGAGCUGUGUGGAAAUACCCGCUUCGGUAGACCAAUGCUGCCCAGUAUACCAAUGUAAUUCUUUGCCAUGCAUUGACCAACAAGGAUUGUCAUAUAACAAUGGAGAAGCCUGGGAACCAGACAACUGUCAACAGUGUAACUGUGUUAAUGGCAAACUGAGUUGUAACCACACUAUUUGUUCAGCUAACCCGCAUGAGAGCUGUGUGGAAAUACCCGCUUCGGUAGACCAAUGCUGCCCAGUAUACCAAUGUACCUCCAUCCCAUGCCGUGCUGACGAUGGAACUGAACAUGAACAUGGAAGUACGUGGGACGUUGAUGAUUGCAAGAGUUGCAAGUGCCAGAAUGGUGAAGUGAUUUGUAUGGUCAUUACGUGUCCGAAACCUCUGGGCAAAUAUCUGGGUGUAGCCGCCCCAGGACACUGCUGCCCACACUAUGAACUGGAAGGUUGCAUGCAGGAUGGGAAACACUAUGCCCACAACGAGAAAACAAGUGAUGAUCCAUGUACGUGGUGUCAAUGCGUGAAUGGCCAACUCUUCUGUAACGUGUGGUUCUGUCCUGACGCUGGUAACCCGCACAAGCUGCACGCUGUGAGGCAGUCACAUUCACCAUGUCGACAUCUAAUACCACCAGGAUCAUGCUGCCCGAGCAACAAGAUUGUAUGUGAACAACCAAUCUCAGAGUGUCAACCUAAUGCACCAGCCGUACAGACACCAUGCAAUGAUAACAUGUGUUGGAAUGCCUCGUGUAAGAAUCACCCUAGCGCUAAGUGCACCAUCAGCCGAUGUGGCCAGUGUCACGUUAUCUUCACUGACGAUGCGGGAGAGGAAGUGGAUUGCGGGAGCAGACAAAAUGAGUGAUCCGCAUGGAAGAACAGCUUCCGGAGUACACCAACAAGCAUGACACAGCGCUCAAAUAUUCGGCAAUUAUGUCAAAAAAUUAACAGCUUUUAUUAUAAUGGACCCAACUAUUUAUUUCUUUUUCUAAGGCAAAGUUUGUGGCGGUUAUAUGUUCCGUAGGCUGCUAUUAGCAUUUUUUUGUGUCUUCCCGUAUAGUUACGAAAACAGCAGGCAUUGUAUUAAUUUUGGUUUUUACCCAUACACCGAUGUG